AAAUACAGCAAUACGAAUUAUUUUUGAGGUAUUACUUUUUACGGAAUAAAAUAAAAGGGGACCGAUUAGGGAUCCUGUUGUGAACUUUAUGACAGUUCGUAUGUUUCUUUCACUAAACUAGUCAUUAAGUAUAAAAUACGAAGAAUUGACUAAUACUCCUUAUUUAAAUCGGUUGUUUAAUCCGGCUGACUAAGGUGCAGAGGCCAUAUUCAUGGCAAUUAGGUACAAUAUAAAUGACCUAUUGAAAUUCAUUAUAAAGUAUAUAAAGAAAUAUAUUGGCAAGCUAAGGUAAAGGAAAUGUUUCCAAAUAUUGGGGACGCAGGAGUUGUUCUAAAUCAGCUCACAAAUUUGUUUUACGGAUAUAAUAAAAGCACCAAUAUUUUUAACCGACUUCAAAAAAGGAGGAGGUUAUCAAUUCGACGUGAAUAUUUUUUUUUUUUUUUUUUGUAUGUUGUUACUUCAGAACUCGCUCAUUUAUGAACCGAUUUGGAAAAUUCUCACCACCGUUUCACCUCUCAAGGCACCGACUCAAAAAUUGGUAUCCAAUAUAUACCUGUUAUGUGAAAUUAUUUUUCGGUUUUGAGUGGUUUUUGAAGGCGUUUUAAUUUUUUGUUAAAAUUAUUUUUUUAUAUGUGCUCGAUAUUAUAGUCUACGAACAUAAUGAGAUACGCACAUAGAAUUAUUAUGUAGGUCCUGCCGAUGUAGACAAUAACAAUGACGCCAUGUUGAAUGUCGCAAUAAAUUUAAAAACUGUUGUACCUGCGUCUAAAUAAUAAAAUGGCAAUGAAAAAAUCAUAGGAAAUCAAAAUUCGCCAUGUCGUUUACUUGGACCACAUACUUAUUACAGUUAUAUCGUUUUUAAAAUGAAACUACUGAACCGCAUUUGAAAAUAUUUCUAUGGGACCAAUCUGGAAGUAUAUAUCCUUUCAAAUAGAAAAAUAAUUUUCCAAAUUGGUUAGUAAAUGACUGAGAUCCGAGAUCAAUUGAUAUGUUUUUAAAAUUAUAUCAGUAGUUUGGUUUAAAAACCAAAAUAACUGAAAUAAAUACGACUUGGACGACAGUCCACGUAAACGAAUUUGCGUUUUCCGAUACUAUUUAGUGGUGUUUUUGUGUUGGGUUUUGAUUGAUUGAUCCAUUUCAUAUCGUUUAUUGAUGUCAAUAGGAUCUAUUUUUCCGGCUUUUAUUUUUGAACUCAAUCUUUUAUCAUUUUCCAACAAGAUCCACACUAAUGAUCCGACCACGCGGUCGGUAUCAAUGACCGAUGUUUAUGUGCGGCAGAUAAUAUCGUCUGGAAAGUCCAGUUUUAUAAGACAGGCAGUGCAAUAAAUAUGCAGCUCGACAGCGUUCCUUGCAUCAGUCCCUAGUGAUCCUCGCGCAAGUCAGAACCGAUCGACAUGUGGGUCCAGGCUGGGGUUAUAUUGAGUGUUGUGUUGAUGAUGUGUGCAGGUGGGUUUUUAUAAAUAGUGGCUCUCGUAAGUGUGUCGCGUUCUAGGGUCAGCCAGUGUACAUUCGGUUCGAACAGGCCUGCAUAAUUGUGUCGACUAGCGACGGGUAAUCAGCUCUCGUCAGUCGAUAUCCUAUUGGACACCACUUCACUUAUCUACCACCAGAUGCAGCUGGGUCACACUGCCGUGCUCGAAUAAAACAAUCGAACUUAUUACACCAACCAAGCCAUAAAGGUACCUGAUAUAUUACCUAUCAUGAGUGGUGGCUUCCGCGUGAAAACGCCUGAUACGUACCCGUGGCACGCCGGGCUGUACACGAAGACCACAAAACCUUACAUGCAGAUCUGCGGCGGGACGAUCGUCUCGAAGCGCGCUGUCAUAUCAGCCGCACAUUGCUUCACCCUGGACCGACACAUUCCUCCUGCAUCUCAGUACGCCGUGGGUGCCGGCAAAAUUUACCGGCCGUGGAAUAAUUUGCAAGAUUCAACACGUCAACAUUCUGAUGUAUUGGAUAUAAAGAUCCCACCACGCUACCAAGGCAGCGUGGCGAAUUUCCAAGACGAUAUCGCAGUUGUGAUACUCGUCAAGGAGCUUAUCACACAUGCAUUUGUGUCUCCGGCUUGCGUCAACUUUGAUCCUGAUUUACGGGAGGCACAACUGAGCGAAGGGCAAUUGGGCAAGAUCGUAGGCUGGGGUCUGACGGGGGAGAACUCGCCGGCAUCUCAAGUGCUUCAGGGCGCCACCCUGCCGAUCGUCUCUAUCGAAACGUGUAUCGAAGAAAGCCCGGUGGGCUUUAGGAGCUCCAUCACCGGGGACAAGAUCUGCGCCGGAUACGACAAUGGCACGGCGGUGUGUCGCGGCGACAGCGGCGGCGGGCUGGUCUUCCAAGCGAAAUGGCAGCUCCUCGAGCUGGCCUUCCUGCGCGGCGUGGUGUCCACAUCCCCCACCACGGAGAACAUGUGCAACACCCACACAUGGGCUACUUUCACCGACAUUCACAAACACGAAAGCUUCCUCAAGUCUGUGCUGCCUGACAUUGAAAAGUCUUGCCAAUUACCGCCUAAUAACAAUUUUGACCGAAUUGAAUUGAGUGGAACAAUCCAACGAACACAGCACUGUCGAUGUUCUUGUCAAUGUAAUAAGCCUUACGAAGUGGAGUAUGAAGGAAGAAUAUUCAAACUUAAUUUAUCAUAAAACUAAAUUAAAGCUACUUAAUUGUUUACAAUGUUAAUAUAAUUUUACGGGCCGUGUUAUACAACCGCGUCCCAUGGUUUCGAUUUUUUUGGUAUUGUUACACUAAACACAAUGAUUUUAUGUUACUUCUUUUAUAAUUAAAUAUGGUAAAUUCA